AUGGGAAACCUCGCACCCGAAGUGGGCCUAUCUCUCGCGCAAGACCCGGCUCGCCGCACGCACCGGUACCGCGGGCUCGCAGACGGCGUGCGGAUCGGCGGAGACAGGAUGGGGACGGUGGGGAAGGACUUCGAGUGGAAGCAGCCCACGACAGAGGAGGCGUGGGCGGUGUACGAGGAGAAGUGGCAAGCAGCAGUGGUCGAGGAGCGAGAGAGGAGAAAGACGAAGAAGAACGAGCGGCCCCGGCCUCGACCCAAGGCCCAACCUCGGGCGAGUGGACCCAGGCUCAAGCGCGCUCCUAUACCCAAGACGACCGCGAGGGCCGAACCUCAGAUGAAGGCCGCCACGACUUCCAAGUAUUUCCAACUUCCUGCUCAAGACGCUCCUCCUAUCAUCCCUACAAACGCCCUUACCCCCGAACCUGUACCCGGACCCGAACCGGAGCCUGAUAUCCAUAUCGACCCCGAACCACUAGUGGCAGACGUUCCAGUGGUACCGGCGAGUAGAGCUACGAUCUUUCGAGAAAAGGUCGAGCGGUGGCAGGCGACGGUGGUUACUGUUCCGGAGGUGGAGAACACGCCGAACACACAGCCCAUGCUCGAUCCGUCCCAGUCUCCGAAAGUCGACAAGGGCAAGACGCGGAUGGCGCCAUCUCUACCGGAGAAAGCAGAGAAAGUACAGACCUCCCUUGGGUUCCGGGUCGUCAAGCGUUCGAGCAUCCAGUCCGCGAAAGGAGAUAGCGGAAGCUUGGGUGCUCCCCGCCUGAAGUCCACUCUCCCGGCUCGCGAUCCUACGCCCGUUAUAGAAGAGGACUCUCCUAGGUUCGGUCAGAAAGAGGUUCUUCAACCCCAACCAUCUCCGGUCGAACCUGCGCAAACGAUACAUCCAGACGGAGGGCCCAAGGACUCCCGUCGGAUUGCGGAUGUUACGGAUUUGACCGAACCGUCGAAGCGCAGCCCUGCGCGCGCAAUCCAGCCCGGCCGACCCGUCGCCUAUACGCAAACCCGGCAAGCGGGCUCGCACGACAGACCCAACCUCAGACGGCGCGCACAUGGACGUCGACCCCUCGGGCUCCCCCCACCCACCGCGCGGUCCCGUGGCGAAGAAGGCCCGGACGCCUUUACCGGCGUGCACCCGUCAGCCCAGGCCGAGCCCGCGGAAACAUCCGUCGACGCACCCGUACCACCCUCAACGCCCCCUCGGACGUCCUCGUCACCCGCCGCGCUUGUGACUCCAGUGUCCAAGGGCAAGGUGCGGAUGCACACAAAGGGGCUUGGCAACGCCCGCGGCCUCCUGGUGCCCACCACGCCCAGCGCACAGAGCCCGGUCCCGACCCUUUCGGAGCUCCUCGCGUCGUCCCGGCGGUCCCGCGCACGGCCGCGCCCCCCGUCACGACGGGACUCACAGCACGAGGGCGUGCCGCUUGACGCCGAUGCCGACAUGGACGGCGCGGCGUCUUCCCGUCCAUCCACGCCGGACCACGCUUCCCAGAAGACAUACUUCUCCUCCCCGGCGUCAGGCUCGUCCAACUCGGGCGCGUCGCCGCUCGCCGCGCGCGGUCGCCGAGUCGCCGCUGGUCGCGGCAGGGACAUCAGCCUCGACGCGGACGCGCAUCCCUUCUCGCAGGACCCGCGCGCGUUCGCGCCCCCGUUCACGUCCACGCAGGAGGACGACCCGUUCGCGAUGCCGCCGGCGCCGCCCGGGCGGGACAACACGCUCAUGCGGGGCAGCAGCGGCUUCCUCGGCGGGGGGCCGUACUGCUCGCAGUUCGACCUCGAGGCGCACAUCGAGCAGGUCAGCGAGCUCCUGGACCGCGACGUCGACUUCAACGGCUGGUUGCGGGACCUCGGGUCCGAAUCUGGGGACCUGGACGGCGAGGAGGUGGACUUCGAACGUCCCACAGCGCGUGCGACCACGGUCGGCCAUCGCCGCGAUGUUAUCCUCUGGCCUCGAUUGCGCCUUUAG